GGGACCAGCAAAGCUGCCUGCUCCGUGACCGCUGGACGCCAUGUGACCCUGGUGGAUGCACAAGGCUGGGGUUCGUCUGAGGAGUUUGUGCCCCGAGAGGAGAAAGUUUAGCUAAUGAGAGCGUUGGAUCUGUGUGGACCUGACGGACCUCAUGUUAUUCUGAUUGUGAUCCCUCUGCUGGACUUCACUGAGUCUGAGAAGAGAGUAGUACAGAGGAGGAUGGAGAUCUUGACUCCCACAGUCUGGAGACACACAAUGGUGUUGUUCACCUUUGGUGACAGGCUGAGGAGAAAUGGGUGCAGUGUGCAGGAGCACAUCCAGCAGCAGGCUGAGGCCAUGUUCUGGUUAAUGGACAAGUGUCGCUAUCGAUAUCACGUAUUGGAUAACAAGACAACCGUCAUCGCCCAGAGAGAAAUACAUCCACAGAAGGCGAAGGGAGGUGGGAAGAAACAGGAAGUGAAUUGGUGGAGGAACGAUGACAAGGGGGCGGGGGGGAAGAACAGAGGAGGUGAGUCAGAUGACAGACAGGAAGGAGAGCAGGGGCAGGUGAGAGAGCUGCUGAGAAAAGUAGAGGACAUGUUGCUGGAGAACGGGUCGUGGCACUUCUCUCUUCACAUGCACCAGAGGAUGGAGGAAGAAUGGAGCCGCAGAGAGCAGCUGCUGAGAGCUCGGCUGGAGGCAGACACCCAUGUGGGACGAGUGAGAGGAAAACAAAAGAUAGCGGAGGCGAAGAUAAACAUGGAACCAGAGGAGGAGCAGAGGUUAUCGACAGGAGAAGAAGACAGAGAGAGGGGAGGUAGCCUGAGGAAAGCUCAGGAGAGAGGGGAGGAAUGUGCGGAGAAGAAGCUAAAUACAGAAGAAGAUAGAGAGGAUGGAGUCAAGGUGGAGCUUAACAGACAGAGCAGUGAGGACGAGGGGGAGGAUGCAUGCUGUGACAGUGGACGAGAGAAAACUGGAAUAAUGGCUCAAUAUUUGCCUAAUAGGGGUCAAAGGUCAGUCUUUAGUCCAAUCAGAAGAAUUGCCUGAAGUAACAACCAGUGGUGCUGCAACAUCUGCAUUCACCAGUGACACAUUUGGCUCAACUCUUGUCAUGUGAUUACCCAGCAGCAAUAAACCUCACGCACAACUAUGGAUUCUUUAGGAGCCAGACUUAUAAUAUUCCUGUGUCCUGCUUCUCAGAAACCACUGCACUUACCCUGGAAAUGUUUUACAUUAGCUGUUUUCAGAAGUCUGGACAUUUCCCUGAAAUCUUCUGGAGGGGCUGUUUGUGAGAACGCAAAUGUCUGAGUCAGUUGAUCUGCAACCUUUCCUGCCAGCCCCCGGGUAAAAAACUGUAGAAUACAGCAGGGAAAUGAUGACCAACAUGGGAUGGAUGCAAAACUGAUAUAUCUCAGGAUGAAAAAGAGGUAUACACAUAGAAGACGCUGACAAAGAUGUCAACAUGGACAAGACAAUGAGAUCCAGUAGCAUUUUUUGAUAAUGGCUGAUGUGUUGAUGUUUUUUCCUUCCAGCAGAAUUUAUCCAUUAUGUCCUGCCUCCUGAAUUCUCUACCAGGGCGCCAACCAUAGUAACCCUAAUGCUAGUGGAAAGAAUGUAUAAAACGUGAAAGUGUAUUUUCCAAAAUGUCAAAAGUAUUUCUCGACUGCAAGAGGAUUUAUUAUAUAAAUGAAACACUUUCUUAAAGUCUUUUUCAUGUCAUCUCUGUCAUAUGCUGCCAAACUUUAAGACGUUUAAAGAAGUUUAAA